AUUGGCUGCCUCAGCGCAGCUCGGUGGCGGGAGGUGGUGGCGCGCCGGCGGGAGCUGUGAUGGCUCCUCGUGGUCGGAAGCGCGGCGUGCGGCGCCCCGCACAGCCGGGGAAUGAGGCCGACCCUGCCGAGAAGCGGCCCCGCACUGAUGCUCAGGGCGAUACUGACGGCGCUGCCGGGGACGCCGUUGGGCCCCGCGUGGUCAUCGAGCACUGCCGUAGCUGACGCGUGUACGGGCGCAACGCGUUGGCGCUGAGCGAGGCGCUGCGCGGGGCCGUGUCCGCCCUGGCCGUGGAGAUCAACCCGCGGCAGCCCCGCAGGAACAGCUUCGAGGUGUCCCUGGUGAAGGAGGACGGCAGCACCGUGCAGCUGUGGAGCGGCAUCGGGAAGGGGCCGCCCCGCAAGCUGAAGUUCCCCGAGCCCGAGGUCGUGGUGGAGGCGCUGCGGAGCAGCCUGGCCUAGAGGCGGCACGACGAGAACGGCGUCGCGGAGGGAGCGCUCAUGAAGAGGCGGCACCAAGGGAGGGCACCGCCCCCAGUAUCGCCUCCGACUCCGAAGCUCCCCCGCAGAAACGCCGGAGCUCAGCGGCCCCGGCCGGCACCCAGCAGCGUUACCCCAAUAAAGUUCCGCGGCUCCGUCA